AGAGAGAGAGAGAGAGAGAGAUCUGUGAUAAGAGAUGAGAUGGGUCGAGUAAGUAGUUUUAGAAAGGGUUCAUGGACAGAAGAAGAAGAUAAGUUGCUGAGAAGAUGUGUAGAGAUGUAUGGAGAAGGUAACUGGAGGCAUAUCCCUUCAAGGGCAGGCCUCAAUCGAUGUCGAAAGAGUUGCAGGCUAAGAUGGUUGAACUAUCUCCGCCCAAAUAUCAAGAGAGGUGACUUUGCACUUGAUGAAGUUGACCUCAUUAUGAGGCUCCAUAGGCUAUUGGGCAACCGGUGGACUCUAAUUGCAGGAAGAAUUCCUGGAAGAACAGCCAAUGAUGUUAAGAACUACUGGAACUCUCACUUGAGCAAGAAGCUUAGGUCAGAGCACAACAUAACAUCAACUUUUACAAACAAGUUUCAUGAAAAAACCCACAACCCUACCAUGAAUUCUGGGUGGUUGAGGGGGACAUCGAAGUCUUCUUCUGGUGAUCAACAACCCCAAAGAGAAGAAGAAGAAGAAGAAGAAGAGGAAGAGGAAGAGGAAGAAGGAGAGGACGAAACAAUAUCAUCCUUUUGGAAGAAAUUGUUAGUAAUGGGAGAAGAGAUGGAGACAAACUCAACAAAUUUAAGAGCUGAUGAUAAGAAAAAGGAUAAUGUUGUGGUAGAGGAGGAGGAUGACUUGUUUGUAGGGGUUGAUGAAUUGCUUCAAGACAUGGACAUGGAAUUGUGGGGUGUGUUUGGUGGUCCUUAA